CAUGUCUACUAUUUUACAACAAUGUUUGAUGUAUCCACUUUUAUAUCCACCUUGAAAAAUUCUUUUGGUACAUCUUGGGUUACACCUUGGUGUACACCUAUAUAACCCCCCUUUCUUUUUUCUCCCCUUUCAACUUUUCUCUCUCCAUUCUCUUCUCUCCACUCCUCUCCCAUUUGAAUCAUACGGACCCCCCUCCCUCCUCUCUUUCUUCUUUCCUUUUCUUCUUCUUCAACAUCUUGUUCUUCUUUCUUUCUUCCUUUCUCCUUCAUCUUCUUCUUAUUCUUCUUCUUUCCUUCUCUUUUUUAGGUUUUAUUCACCCUAAUCAUCCUCUUAUCUUCAUGACCAUCUUCUUCUUUUUCUUUCCUUCUCACUUUUUACGUUUUAUCCACACCGACACUGGUUUGCUAGUGUCUGUGUACACAGACGAAAAUUGUAUAUAUACAAACAAUUUUUUUAUACAAAACAACUAACGUCUGUGUACACCGACACUUGUUUUCUAACUAAUUUUUUCACACCGACACUUUUUUGUCUACACAGAUGACUAACGUCUGUGUACACCGACGCUUGUUUUCCAAUUAAUUUUUCACACCGACACUUUUUUAUUUACACAGACAACUAAUGUCUGUGUACACCGACAUUGGUUUCCAUGCAGUCAGUCUGACAGAUCUAGAAACUAAUUUUACUCACACCGACACUUUCAAUGAAAGUGUCUGUAUUUGUGUGUUUUUUGUAUGUGAGAAGGGCAAAUAAAUGGGUGUACCCCAGGGUGUAACCCAGGGUGUACACCAAGAACUAUUGAUCCACCUUAUACCCACCAUGUUUGUGGAGGUUUUUUUGUCUGUGAACCCGGUUUCACAGAUAAUAUUUUGUCUGUGCAAAAUAUUGUCUGUGAGCUGGGGUUCACAGAAAAAAACACUUCACAAACAUAGGUGUGUACAAAAGUGGGUAUAAGAGUGGGUACAAAGAUCAUUUUUGACUAUUUUAUAUGUCUGCGGGCAAUCUAAAGUGUUCUCCUAUCAAUCAUCUUUCUUCUUUAUUUUAUACUCUCUUUCAAAUUGUUUUGCAAAGUCAACAUUUUUGGUCAACUAAUAAUAAAAGUCAAUUUUCACUAUCGAUAAUUAAUUCAAUUUUUUAUAAUUAAAAUUUAUAUAUUCAGAAAAUACAUUAAAAUAAUUAAAAAAAAUUAAGUAGAAUAUAAUUAAAAAUUGACAUUCUAAUUAAGCAAAUAAAAUGAAACUGUUUGACCAAGAAAAGUAAAAUUUGCAAAUCAAAUUGGGACGGAGGUUGUACUCCCUAUUGCGUAGCACUAUUAUAUUCUUGCUGAAAUCAUAAUUUGUUUCUGCUUUUGUUCUACGAAUUGAAGAGCCUAAUUAUCAGAGUUCAGAAUUGAAGAGAUCAGAAGACUUAACAGGCCAGAGGUCCCAGAGCCAUGUCAGAAUCCAUGGAAGAUCUGUACGCACGUUUAUCUUUGGAGGACGAGGAUACAGGAGUUGACGUGGGGGAAGCAGUAUUGGAAGAGCCGCCAUAUGUUUCUUCGCUGGCUUUAGUGGGACGUAUUCUUACUGAAAAACAGGCGAUUAGGUACAGAAGCAAUAUGAUAGAGAUAUCAAUGACAAAUCUCAAGAAGCAAAUUGGUGAGAGCGAAUUGGCGAGCGCAAGAAGAAUGGAGUUUCAGAUGAAUUUUUCAGGGGUCAAAAUGUCUUCUCCCAUACUACUGCAGAUCGUGUGCCUCCGGAACCACCUCCGAGCGAAGAAGUGUUUUGGGGAAAGUUUCUAUCUUCGUGUUAUUUUUCCUUUAAUGGUAUUUGUUUUUAUUUUAGUUCGAGUAGGUGUGGUAGGAGUUUUUUGAAUUUUAAUGAAUUUUUAUAGGCAUUGCUACAUUUUCGAUCAUGUUAGCAUAUUCUUGCACGUUUUAUGUCUAGCAAGUCAGGUUGCUUUGUAUUAGUGACUUAUUCUAAGUCUAUUCUUAGGGCCUACGAUCGGAUCUGUAAUAGCUGUGUGUAUAUUAUCUUGCUUGUUUGUUCUACUUUCAUGAAAUCCAUUUUGACGAUAAAAAAAUAUUAAAAAUUAGAGAAAUUCGAGAUGAUAGAUGUGAGAAGUAAAUAUUGCCAAAGCUUUUUAAGUUUGUGAUUUUAAUGGUUAACUUAUUCUACUGAUCGGGAGCGGUAUCGAAGGCUAGUUGGGAAACUCAUUUAUUUGACAUUAACCAGGCCUGAUAUUUGUUACUCUGUUCAUAUCCUUUCACAAUUUAUGCAAAAUCCCAGGGUGGCUCAUUGGGAAGCUAUACUUCGGGUCCUCAGAUAUCUUAAGGGACGGCCCGGACAGGGAAUUUUGUUACGGUCCGAUUCCAACCUGUCUCUCACUGGUUAUUGUGAUGCAGAUUGGGCGAGUUGUCCUGUCACUCGUCGGUCUGUCACCGGCUACUUUGUAUCUCUGGGUUUUUCUCCUGUAUCAUGGCGUACCAAAAAGCAGGCAAUUGUCUCUCGGUCUUCCGUAGAGGCUGAAUACCGGGCCAUGGCCUCCUUGACUUGUGAACUAAUUUGGUUACGCAACCUUCUUUGUUCAUUAGGUGUAACGCAGUCUGAACCCGUAUGGCUACACUGUGACAAUCAAGCCGCACUACAUAUUGCUUCAAAUCCGGUUUUUCAUGAACAUACGAAACAUAUAGAACUUGAUUGUCACUUUAUCCGAGAUCACAUUCAAGCAGGCACAGUGGCACCAUCAUACACUCCUACUACCGAACAGCCCGCAGACUUACUUACUAAAGCGCUCGGAGCUCAUCAAUUCUCGUGUCUUCUUGGCAAGAUGGGCAUUUGUGACCCCCAUGCUCUAUCUUGGGGGGUGGGUGUUGGGUGUUAGUUAUUAUUAUUUAAUUUGUGUACAUAUUUAUUCAUGUAACAUUUUUUCUUUGUACGUACGUAGUCUUUUAGUUAGAAUAGGAAGAUGUAAUCUUUAAGGAUUGUUUCCUUCUUUACUUCCUUUUGUUUCGCAUGGCAGGACGUAUCCAAGCCGAUGCGUGUACUUUGUAUAUAUACGGCUGCAUCCUGCUUCGAGAUGAGCCAACCAGCAUAAAAAAUCUUUCCAUAUUGCUCCGUUUUACAAUAAGAGAGUGAAUAUCUCAAUCCUUGCAAAAGUCUUAUGGGGUGUAGGUGCUACAACCAUUGCCAAAUAACUAAUGAUCAAUCUACAUGUGUCCUCAAUCUGCUGGUCGGUAGAGUAUGUGUCCAUGAGAUGUGGUGCGUGUGAGGAUUCGUUGCUCAUGCGUCUUUGAGUUCUCCCCUAGGCGGUUUGAUUGGAGAUAGCUCACAAACACACGUGUGCUUAAUUUUGUAUUCUUCGAACAUAGGAGGGAAGACUUUAGUCCCCGAUAAAUUUGAGUUUUAUCCUUCAAAAAAUGUUCGAAACUAUACCCC